GUGUGGGCCCGCUCGCCCCACCCCGAGCUCCGCCGCCGCGGAGCCGCUCAAUAGGGGAAGGGGAAAGAAAAAAAAAAAAAAAAAAGGGGAGGAAAAAAGAAAAAAAAAAAAAAAAAAAAAAAAAGGAGGAAAAAAAAAAAUGCGGGAGAGAGCAGGAAAAAUAAGACGGGGAAAAAUCCGCCCGUGAGGGGACAGGUUCUGCUCUCGGGGCACAGAGCAAACGGGCGCUUGCGCUUGCUUUUUUUUUUUUUUUUUUUGUUUUUGUUUUUUUUUUAAUUUUUAUUUUGUAUUUUCUUCUCGCCGAGAGGAUUCAGCCGCCUGGAAACCGCAUGUGAAAAGAGCAGCGGCGAGGCUAGGGGAGGAAAAAAAAAAAAAAAAGGAAAAAAAAAAACGGGGGGGGGUUUGGCUUGGACCCCCCCGCCCCAGUGCGGGAGGAAGGACCCGCGGCGGCCGGAGGGCGAGGAGCUGCGGCGGCCGGCGAGGGAAGGGACCGGGGCUGCGUGACCCCCGCGGCGCGGGGGGAGAGGCGAGGAAGAGACGUUUCCCGAUCCUCCCCGCCGAGGAUUUGGGGAGGUUUCCGCGCCUGGAGCCCGUGCCUUUGGAUCUAAAGAGGAUUAUUAUUUUUUUGGGGGUGGCACUGAAGCUGGAUUUGUUCCUGUGCGUGCGGCGCGGGGGGGGGCAUUUCUGCUGCCUCUAGAGGAGCCGGCGGCCCGGCCGGGGCGCGGAGAUCCCCGCGGAUCGCUCCGCACCCCCCGGGAAAGGUGCGCCGAGGGGAUCGGCGGGGGGCGGGGGAGGAGAGGCAGCUGCAGCUGCCGGGGAGGAGGCCCGGCGGAGCGGCAGCAAAGUCAUCGCUAUCGGCCCCCCCUCGGCUGGCUUCGGGCUCGGCGCUCUCCAUGUCUCUGGCUCUGGGCAGCGGCCGCCACAGCAGCGAGUAGGGGGGGGAGGAGGAGGAGGAGGAGGAGGAGGAAGAAGAAGGGAGCCCGGGAGUGCCUCCCUCCCUCCCUCCCUCCCUCCCCCCGGCAGCCCCGGCCGCCUCCCGUCCCCUCGCCCCGCGUCCCUGCCUUCCCCUCCCCAAGAUGGGCUGUUUAGGGAACAGCAAGACGGAGGAUCAGCGCAACGAGGAGAAGGCGCAGCGGGAGGCCAACAAGAAGAUCGAGAAGCAGCUGCAGAAGGACAAGCAGGUCUAUAGGGCCACGCACCGGCUCCUCCUGCUGGGUGCUGGUGAAUCCGGUAAAAGCACAAUAGUCAAGCAGAUGAGGAUCCUGCACGUGAAUGGAUUUAAUGCUGAGGAGAAGAAAAUGAAAAUUCAGGAUAUUAAAAACAAUAUUAAAGAAGCUAUAGAGACAAUAGUGACAGCAAUGGGCAAUUUGGCACCUCCAGUGGAACUAGCCAAUCCAGAGAACCAGUUUCGAAUCGACUACAUCUUAAAUUUAGCAAACCAGAUAGACUUCGAUUUCCCUCCGGAGUUUUAUGAACACACAAAAACGCUUUGGCAGGAUGAAGGUGUGAAAGCCUGCUACGAGAGAUCCAACGAGUACCAGCUGAUUGACUGUGCACAGUAUUUUCUAGACAAGAUUGACAUAGUCAAACAGAACGAGUACACCCCAUCUGACCAGGAUCUUCUCAGAUGCAGAGUUUUGACAUCAGGAAUUUUUGAAACCAAGUUUCAAGUGGAUAAAGUAAAUUUUCAUAUGUUUGAUGUUGGAGGGCAACGAGAUGAACGCCGAAAAUGGAUCCAGUGUUUUAAUGAUGUGACUGCUAUCAUAUUUGUGGUGGCGAGCAGUAGCUACAACAUGGUGAUACGAGAGGACAAUCAGACCAAUCGGCUGCAGGAAGCACUAAACCUCUUCAAGAGUAUCUGGAACAACAGGUGGCUACGGACCAUUUCAGUAAUCCUUUUCCUGAAUAAACAAGAUUUGCUAGCAGAGAAAGUUUUGGCAGGGAAAUCUAAAAUUGAAGACUACUUUCCAGAAUUUGCUCGCUACACUACACCAGAUGAUGCAACACCAGAGCCUGGUGAGGAUCCCAGAGUUACAAGGGCCAAGUAUUUUAUUAGAGACGAGUUUCUUAGAAUCAGCACAGCAAGUGGAGAUGGAAGGCACUACUGCUACCCUCACUUCACGUGUGCCGUGGACACAGAGAACAUCCGGAGGGUUUUCAAUGACUGUCGGGACAUUAUUCAGCGCAUGCACCUUCGCCAAUACGAGUUGUUGUGAUGGAGAGCACUUUUUUCUGUGUUUUGGACUCCUUAUUCCUUAUUAAAAAAAAGAAAAAAAACACCCUUGCCCACAUAGGGUGGAAGAGAACUGUUUGAAUCUCCCAUUGAUUUGCACCCCUCAACUUUUUCUCCUUGCUGGACAAUAGCAGCACUUCUAAGCUUGCUUCUGUACCCCUCGGACAGUUUGAGAUGGCCCCUAACACUUAAAAGGCCAUUUCCAUGAGGAUUCCCUAACACUGUUAUUAACAAAAAAGAGAGAGAAAAAAAACCAAACCAAACAAAAAAAGAAAUAAAACCUAAUUAAUUAAAAGUCCUGAAUGUGGAACACCUGAAAGAAUUGGGGAUGAAAAAAUUAAAACGUUGAAACAAAAAAUUGGGGGAGAGAAAACUUUAGGUAAUUUAGCACUGCUGUGGGCAUAAUCCUAUAAGCCGUGAUCUCCACUUUGUAUCACUCACUGCAUCCGAGUAACGAAGGUGCCAAGUCACAGACCAAGUUUGAAGACAGACCCCUGAGUUUGGUUCUCUGACUGUAAUGUGGCUUUGGGCGGAAAUACUGACAAUUCUCCAGCAGACCUAGACAGUGCAAAAACCAACUGCUACCUUUCAGAAGGGUAUUUUUAAAACCAGUCUUGGUGGUCUAAAGACAACCAUGGACAUUUAUGAAUUGAACUGCGUAUGGCCUGUGAUUGCAGAAAGAGUUAACCACACACUGUUUUCAGUUUGUCCACUGAUGAUCCCGUCUGCUCUAAAAAUCAUUAUCUAGACUGUAGUCCUCACAGUCUUUCCCUUCUUUUUCUUCUUCCCUUCCCUCAUUUUUUAUUUUACUGCUGGAUUAUUAUUCUUGUACAGACUGUAAAAUGUAUUAUUUUGUACAACUUUAUUGAAAAUAACUUGUAGAAGAUCUUUGUGCCUUGAUUAUGGCUGUACCUGUACAAUGAGCUAAGAUGUAAGUAUGUUUGAUUGCGCUGUACAGCUUUGUCAACCCUAUCUGCAGCAUUAGCUCAAGGUAGGGAAAAUUUAUCUGUAGUUUAGUUUUUCUGGUUUAUAAAAGAAGGAAAAAUACUGUUUAGUAAAAAAAAAAAAAGGAAAAAAAAAGAAAAAAAAAGAAAAAAGUACAAAUUGUGCAAACUUAACCACUUUAAAAGUGAGGUCUUCAACAAGUGACCAGAUGUUGCAGCAUCGUGCUUUUUAAUUUUUAGCUUUAAUUCAUUUAAAUCUCUAUCCAAAUGUAAAACAUGGCUUGUUUCUACAUAAAACCAAAUUUUGCUACAAAUUAUAAAUGUUAGUCUUUGGUCAUUCAUAGUCCUUUUUUGCUAAAGACAAAAAAAAAAAAAACAAACAGAACAAUAACAGACACGUAGGGCAUCAUGCAGGUCUGGUGACCAUCUCUAGACUGGGCCAAAUACCCACCAACCUCGGCUUGCUGCGUGGGCAACGACUACCAGAAUGACAAGGUGUGCACUGCCCUUGGAUUUGGCCACUGAAUUCCAGUUUCAAAUGACAUUUUUAUUUCUCUUUUAAUAAAGAGAUACUUUAGAACCUUUUUUGUUUUAUAUUAACUAUAUAAGUAGCUUAAAAGUGAAGAUGUGUGGAUUUUUUCUUAAACUUGAAUAAUUUAUGCAAAUUAUAUGCUUAGAACAACAUGUGGUACAGUAAAAAGAAAAAAGAGCAAAAAUCACUGUAGCAAUAAGAGAGCAUGUAAUUUUAGUAACUACUACACUGCUUUAUAUUUUAUACCUAGGUGUUUUAUGUCUCUGUGAGUGUGUUACUUUUUCAUGUGUCUAAACCUACGUGUACAAUUUGUACAGAGUCAGAAAUUACAGCUGUAAUAACACAUCUAGAACAGUGUUAGCCUAUAUUACUCAAACACCCCUGUUCCCCCUUCAUUUACACCCCUAAACUGAUCUGGAUCUUAACUGCAGUGACUUUAAAAGGAAAAGAAACAAAAACAAACACCAAAAUUCUUGCCUCUUUGCCUUUCACACUAGCUUCCCUCCACCCAAGAGACCUGUUGGCUUUCUUUUUUUGGGAGGAGAUCCAGUUUAAAUUCAAGUGAGGGUGUGGUCAGUGAUGUCUGUGCAGCUAGAUUUGCUUCAGGUAUCGGAUGCCUUUUCAAUACUAAGAACUGCAACUGUUCAGAAUUGUGACUUUUCAUUUGCUUUUGUGGCUGAAGUCUUAAAAUGAAUCACACAGUCCAUUUUCACUGGAGAGCAGGGAUGUGAGGGAGUUACUGUCCCAUCUCAAUUCAGAAUUUCUUCCAGAAGACAUUGAAUAGUCUAGAAAAAGUUUAGCUGUGGUUGUUACUCGCCUUUCAAGAAUGAUCUUUCCUGUUCACAGGUUUAGACAGUUGCCACCUGAACUUUGUAGAACUGUAGAAAACAUGACUGAAAACAGGCCCCUCCAGUUCAGAAUGUAUCCAGUGCCUGUAGGUGAAGGGCUGGCGUUUCCACUAGGUAAAAAUGGGACACAUGUAGUGGAAAGGAAAUUCAUUGUGAGCCUUAAUUUUAGUUACAGGAGCCAAAAAUCUUUAUUUUAGUGCCAACCCUUAUCUUUUUAAGCCUAGGAGGAGUUGGUGUGAACACCAAAUUUAUAAAUGGAGAAAACCUGUAGUGGUGUGAGGAAUGUAAUCUCUCAUCUGAGAGAAACAAAGCACCUCCAUUAAAAACAUUAAUAAAAUAAGCUUCGUCCUCUGAUGAGGAGGACACAUAAUAACAGUGAGCUAAAUAAGACAGCAACAGUUUAAGAAACCUAAAGCUUUAUAUGAACAGAUAUGUUUAGGGGAUGCUUUUUUUUUUCCUAUGUGAGGAAAAAGGCAAUUGUUUUGAAUAUGGUUGAGUUGCACAAGUACGGAGCGUGUGUGUGUCUUAAUGUCUCAGUAUUGCCUUUGUAAGUCUCUUUAUUAGUCCAUGCAGUUUGGUGGCCUGGUAAAUGCAAGUCUUAUUUUUAACAGCAUUCUUUUUCCUCUUUUUUUUUUUUUUUUUUUUUUUUUAAUACAAAACCAUAAAGCUUUAAUGCUUGCUAUUUAAUAAGUAACUGUGUUUUCUUCUGUCUCUAAUUUAGUGGCCAUAAUUUGCAGUUAAUUGAACCAUUCCAACCUAAUGCUUACCCAUAUUUCUUAGUUUUGUUUUAUUUAUUUAUUUGAACUUCUUGUUUUCAUGAUUGAGGACUGUCACUUCUGUCUCAUUCAUCUGUUUGGAAACUUCUGACCUUACAGCCAAAACUUAACUCAUUCUACUCAGUAUUCAUCGUGAUGCUGAAGUGUAAGAUACCUGCAAAUGUAAACACUACCACUUUUAUUAAUAAAAGCAAAUACAGUGUUUUUAGGGCACAUUUGCAUCACUGUAGUUGAGGUUGUGUCAGUAUUUCCAUUGUAAACCUAUGGAGGGUCUUACCUUGGCACUAAACUGCCCUAAGCUGAAUCUUUGCCAUACAGGGCUUCUGCUCAAGCGUGAUUUGGUGGGUUGGUUUUUCAACAGUUUCCAACACAAACUCUUGUUUCUGUUUUAAGUUAUACAACUGUUUUGUUGGAUGGGGGUUGGUUUAAAAAGAAAACAACAAAAAAAACAACAAACAAACCUGGUUCAAGAUUGUUUUUGGCACUUCUGUAACUCAGAAAUGGUUUUGAUUUUUAAACAACCUUCGGCAAGCCAGUAACCUACAAUAUGGUCUGAUCACUUUGGGUAUUUUGUAAAAAUAAUAAUAAAUUGUAGAGAUGUUGUGGUUUCAAAAUCA